AUGCAGCUGCUUCCUCUCAUCCUACUGCUACCCGGAAUUUCCUGGGCCUUCGACUGGGAGUACGGGUCGUGGCUCGACUCCGAUGAGGGCGUCUUCCAGAUCGAUCCGACCAAGUGGAAGACGGGGCACCCCGGCUACUUUCAUCCGGACGUCUUCCUGCCCCACCGCAGCAACUCGAUCCACGCCUGCAGUGACUUCUAUCGUCAUGUCUGCCCCUAUGGAUCGAUUGCGGCUCGUGACUCGAUGCUGGGUUAUAUGAAAGGAGUCAUGAAACUGCCGACCAAAGUGAAGCUCGAUGAGAUGUUCAACCAGAUCAUGACCAUCCUCGGCGGCGCCAUCGGCGCGUACAAGGACGUCGCUGAGUUCAUCCCGAAGAUUCACGCGCUCCGCGACUACUCUGCCUAUCUUUAUGGGAUACAGGCCCUCAACAAGCUCCCACUAACCGCCAACCCAAAGUUGGCCACGGUGGCAAAAAUGGUGGUUGAUGAGGUGGAUCAGCUCGCCUUCUACAACGAGUUCAUCGCCGAGAAGCUGCGCAAGUACGGCAACAACUCCGCAGCCGCCCCUCGCCUGGCGCAGAACUACGCCCGUUUCAUGGCGAUAUACAACCUGUACUUAAGCAAGUUCCCCUUCUACAAUGCGGAGGACCGGCGGCUGAAGCAGACGACGGUUCAGCUGGCGGCGAUGCGGCUGACGAUCGAGCUGUUCAGGCAGAAGGCCGACGAAGACCGGGGCGGACAGCCGGCGGACGCCGUCCUGUUCGCCAUCGGCGGGGACCACGCGGAGUCGGUGCCGAUGUCGGCCGUGUUCGGCUCGGCCGGGUACGACGUGGCGGCGCAGAUGCUCGUGCGUGCGCAGCGCUUCUGGAUGAACCUUCAACGCUGCCCCACCUACAUCCAGUACGCCCUGGAUCUGUGCUCGAUGACCGGAGAGGAUAGCUGCGAGCCGACGACGAGCGACACCCACCUGACGCUGCUCACCAACUCAGUGAACUUGGCGCUCAGGGCCUGGAAGAAGUAUCAGGAGUCAAGUAUCGAUAAGGAUGCCGACCCGGCAUUCCCCACGAAAGACGGAUUUCCUGGCAUCCCGCCGGAGCAGCUCUUCUACUACGCGUACGCCUCGAAGAAUUGCAUGCGCGUGCUGGAGAGCUCGCCGACGAACACCGAAGCGGUCAACCAGGCGUGGCCCCGCGCAGCGGCAGUGCAACGCGCCCCUCUCCCAACUCGCCAACUUCACCCAGGCCUUCCAUUGCAGCGAGGGGGACAACAUGAUGUUCCAGGAGAACGAGUGCAACAGCCUGGCGCCCUAGACGGUGCUCCCCUACCGUACCCACCAGCCUGCCAGCAAUACAGUAUCCCACCGCCACAAAGCCGUUUCUGUUUUUUCAUGCUGUUG